AUGUGGACGACAACUACACGUCUUCACUUACUUAAUGCUAUAACCAGAUACGGAUUAAAGAAGACCUCUUUCAUAGCAGCGUAUCUUAAAGUGUAUGCCAAAACCACUUCAAAUAAUUGGAAGAAUGAAUAUAAUAAGAUGGUAAAGGAAUAUUUUAAGAAUAAAACAGGGGAAACAGUAAAAGAAUACUUCAAGAAAAAGCGAGCGCAGGAAAUAGAGCUGUUAAUUGAGAAAAAGAAGGAGGAAAAAUUAAAAAUAAUAGAAAGAAUGAUUUAUGGGUAUGAUAAUAUAGAGACAGAUGAAGAAAGUGACAAUAAAUCAGAAAUAGAUCUAACGGAAAUAGUUAGUACAAAUAUCACAAGGUAUAAUCCCAAUUCAACACUAUCCAACACACUAAUACAUCUAUCUACAUUAAACAAUCUGCCUCCACACUUAGAGCUACCAGGGCCAAAGCCAGAAACACUUCCUCCGAUUGAUGUACACCCAUACGCAGUGGAAGCUGCCCCUGUACAGAGUAAAGAGGAAGAAUUGGAUGAACUGCUGGAGUUUUUGGAAAGAUCUGGGUAUGGUACGUCUGUUUCAUCUGUAGACCAAGCGGCAUUUGAGCGAUUUUUCAAGUCAGUCCAGGAAAAGAGUCUUCUUUUGGAGAGGAGGGCUGAGGAAGUUGAAGAGAUACUACAGGCGCAGAAUGCAUUAGAGAACGAAAUUCAAAAGAAGGAAAAACUUGAUUUAUCAGAAAAGCUUAAGGAGUACUAUCAGCUAGACUUUCAUGAAUAUCCAAAGAAGAAGUCAUCUAGAGACAAAAGUAAGUGGAUCAAAGAGUUCAAAUUUGUUGCAGAUCGGCUUAGAACACUUCACGGCGGACAGAUUACAUGCGAGGAGCACAAAAUCCGGCAGAGUACAGAGAACAGAUCCAGAAACAAACCAAAAGAAGAUCCACAGAACGCAAAUGUAUCUGUCUCAUUAUCUACCAGUGACCAGGAAGAAAAUGUAUCGGGAGUAUCUGAAAAUAAGAAGGUUUCUUGUGCCAAGUGUUUCGAUGUGGAUACAUUAGAGUAUGGGCUGGAAGAAGAGUGUAGACCAAAUAUUGCAGAUUAUAUCUUUAGAUCUAUGCUAUUCUUACAGACUGUUAUAUUCACACAGCACGACUCAGUGCACGCAAAGGAGGCAGAGACAAUCAAGACAGAACUCUAUAAAUUCUACGAAUACUACAGAAAGUAAAAAUAGAAUUCAGAACAUAAAAUAGAAAAAGGACUCCCCGCCGCACGGACUAGCUUGUUAUUAUCAGACUGCAUCAUUAGUGCUUUUAAUUACACACAAAUGGCACGGAAUGGCAUCAUAAACACAGUACUAUAUAAUAAUUAGUCUGAAUAUAUUAUGGUGCACUGUUGGUAUUGUAGUAUACAGUUAGUGCUUUAGAGUGCUUUGAUGGUAGAAUAAACAGAAGUAGAAAAAUUUCGGGUUAGGCAUAAGGCUGGGUAGGGUUUAGAGUGAC